AUGGAAAGGUCAACCUCAGAGCAUAUAAAGCCCAGGAGGCUCCCUCUUUCCCAGAGAUCACUCACUAUGGGACGCUUUUGGGGAGCCUUCCUCCUGCUGGUGGGCCUGGCAGCCGCUGCCCCCUUGUCUCCCCCAAAAGACUUCCAGGAGGCUCUUGCGCAGGUGGUGGCCAUCUACAACCAGGGUCCCAACGUCCGGAAUGCCUUCCGCCUCCUGGAAGCCAUGCCGCUGCCUGGGCUGAACUCCAGCUCCGCAAGGCUUCAGCAGAUGAACUUUACCAUACAAGAGACCGUCUGCCCGGCUUCAGAGAAAGUCCUGGCUGAAGAAUGUGAAUUCAAAGCCAAUGGGCUGGUGAAGGAUUGUUCCGGAUAUUUCUCCACAGAGCAGGCAAACUCCCUGAUUGUCGUCACUUGUGAUACGGCCGUGCAAGAGGAUUCCCGCAUCACCAGAUUCAGAGGGCUUGGAAAUUUCUUCAAAGGAUUCGGACAUGGCUUCAUCUGGGGUCUCCACCACUAA